CUCCUCUCCACGCGUUCACCCACACCUGGGAACCCAACCCCCACGCCAUCAUCGUCCUGCCGUGUCUGUGAUCACUCAUCAGGGCUAAUCAGCACAGGGAGAGUCAACUUGUCCAGCACAAGCAAUUCAUGAACAGCUCGCAGCCGCCCGCGACCACAGAUAGACCUCACCGCCUAUUGCAGUAUGCAGGCUUGGCUAAAAAUACCUUCCAGGUAGACAGCGUGGUGAACUGUUCGUUCGUGGUGGAGGGACGGACAGCCCAGACGGCGACCCCAGAAGCGACCAGGCUCCGCGACAGCACCCCAAGCCAGCCAACAAACCACCCAACGCUGCAGCAGUUCGAGACACGAACCCAGCAGGCGAGGGCAGUCGAGACGCUGCGUUGGGAUGUUACAGCCUGUGACCGGGGCUUUGGAAAAAUCAGCUUUGACCUGAGGGCCGCCUCACAAUCAUCAACAAGAAGCUACUCGCCCCGUCGCCCAUCGCAAUUACUCGAGAACAUCAACCCCGUGCGUUCUCCACUUCGGGCUAAUGCACGCCGUCGCCGUGCUGGCUCCGGGCGGCGGGAAGCCGUGGUCGUACAAGGCGCGACGCUCUGCAUUAUUACUCAGCGCAUAUCUAGUACUGACCACAGACCCUUUGCUUUCAUAACAAAUGCUCCAAAGUCCAGAGACACAAGUCCCACAUCUUGACAAUUCGAUUUUUCACCGCCUGGCGCGCAUCAUCGGCAGACCAGUGUACACUGUGUAGUUCGGUGAUGCAAGCGGCCAAGCGGCAUGUAUGCCGAACAGCAUCUAUCGAUCCGCCCACCCGCUCUGAUGUCAUUACCCGAGCCAAACACGCCUCAACUCAGCACAAGUUACUGUGUUACACAGUACAACAAUACGUUGAUGAGCAGCGACACUGUGUGAAUGGCCAUGAUACACAAGUACAGUGAUAUACUAUUGUGUACGGAGUAGUUAGUUUGGGACAUGCCCCAACUUCAAGCCCUCGGCAUUGACAGCAAAGCGCCCCGAUUGCGGCCAGGUCUUCACGUGGACUCGUGGUGACACAAGGACACAGCCAGAGCUGUCAACGUUCGCCAACCUGCAGGAACAGGACAGGAAA